AUGUUUCUCCGAGUAUUCAUAUUCUAUCACUUGAUUUUUGAAGUUCUUUCAAUCACAAAAAUCAUCAGUAUUAAUGGAGAAGUUGAAUCUGGUCCCGUUCCAACUUCAGUUGAUUCUGAUACUGAUUGUCCGACUUCCUGUUAUUUUAAUUCUGAUUGCAUGUUGGCAAGUCUAGCUACAAGUGGUCAAUGCUUUCUCUACUUAUUUUCUGCUCUAACAACUGGACUGAAAAUAGCCAAAUCAACUGAAACAACUGAAAGUAUUGUGUAUUUCAAGGUCACUUCCUCCGAUGAUACAUGUUCUCCAGAACUGAAUAAUACCAAUCUCAUAUUCGCAUCUGAAAAUGGAUAUACUUACAAAUGGGAGUAUACAAAAGAAGGAUUCAGUUUUCCAAGAUGUCGAGACGGCUGGAAACAAUUCGAUCGAUCAAGUGGAGUCUCCGUUUGUAUGACAGCUGUUGGUCUAGGUAACACGAAUAAAGUCAAUGCACAAUCAGCAUGUCAGAAGUUGAGUGGAAUGUUGAUUGGACUGGAAACACAAGUUGAAGCACAGUGGAUGUGGGAUCAAAUAAAAAUUCAAAAAGGAUAUGAAGGUGGAAACUACUGGUUGGCUGGGGAACGGAUAAACAAUCCCGGUGCUUCUGGAUGUAAGACCACUGAUUUCCUCAUCAAAUGGUCAGAUGAUGGAAUGACAAAAGGAGUUGCAAUCACAAAGAAUACAAAUGUUUCAAAUCUGAGCUGUACUGAUGGGAAGUAG